AUGGAGGCGCUGCGGGCGGCGGGGCGCGCCGUGCUGCGGAGCCCGCGCCUCGCUCGGCACGGUCUGGGUCUCCGCCGGCGGCGCAAGCUUCCUGAGAGCUGGGCUGAUAUGCAGGAGCCCCUGCUUGAGGGAAUGUGCUUCACCCUCAAGUAUCUGGGCAUGACGCUGGUAGAAAAACCAAAAGGAGAAGACAUGGCUGCUGCUGCCAUCCGCAGGAUCGUGGCCACGGCACGGGUUGGAGCUCGCAAGUUUCAGAAGGUGAUUCUGACUGUGUCUCCAAGGGGCAUCUCACUGCAGGAUGCAGACACUAAGGAGAUGGUGGAGAACAUCUCCAUCUACAGGAUCUCCUACUGCACAACAGACAAGCUGCAGAACAAAGUCUUUGCUUAUGUUGCCCAGAGCCAGGAGAGCGGGGCACUGGAGUGCCAUGCCUUCCUCUCACCCAAGAAGAAGAUUGCCCAGGCUGUGACUCUGACUGUGGCCCAGGCCUUUCAGAUGGCACUGGAUCUCUGGGAAGCAACACAUGCAGGCUCUAGGCAGGAUCAGCCCCUACACCCUUCCUGUGUCUUGGAGAGCAGUGAGGCCGGCAGAGCCCGUGAGCCGGCCCCCCCAGGGAGAGCUCCCUUCACACACCACUUUGGGGAGGAGGAAGAGGAGGAGGAAGAUGAUAAUGUCUGUGAAACCUUGCCUGGGAAUACUACCUCUUGUGCCCCCAUCGAGCUCUCCUCGGGCACAGCUGCUGUGCUGCCACCUGGGGCCGCCCCCGCUCAGCUGGACGGGGCUGGGAGGGGCUGGAGGCUCCCCCAGCACCGGCACCAGGACUGCUGCUGGCCCGAGUGCUCCCCUGGGCUAAGCCAAACCUCUGCAACAACGGACCAGCCACUCAGGAUUCACCCUGUGCCUGCACCUGGGCCAGCCAGUGCCUGCUGCCCUGGCACCGCCCUGCUGGCACGGGGGCUGCUGGCACUGCUGCCGUGGAGUGCACAGCCUGCAGCACCUGCUCCUCGUCCUGUGCCGCCUGCAUGAACCGCCUGGAGCUGCAGCUGCUCCCAGCUGGGGCAGGGACCCAUGCUCCUCGCUCUGCUCACUGCCAGGCCAUACAGGCUGCCCUGCAUGCU